AUCUUUAUCAAGAUUCAAGAGUUUAUCUCGGAAUCUCCCCGUCGUCCUGGUCGGCACAUUGCUUUGCCGAGCUGGACCGCUGGGUCGCUUGGUCUGGGUGGGUUGCACUAUUACUCAGACUAGUUAUUCUCGGUGGCAUUAUGACUUAUGAACGCUAGGGGGCGACCGCCAUGAAUCACUAUCGAGGGACUAUCUCCUACUUCGUACGAAGUACUAUAGGAGGUAGCAUCAUGAUUAUCUCCUGAUGGUGUGGUUGGCAUGUCUGCCCGCAUGGAUCGUUGUUCAAUCAGACUUUCCGGUUGCACCUAUACGAAGCCAUCCAAACUCAUUUUUGGGCGCCGCCAGUCCAUCACCACGUCGUGGAAGACCCCUCGAAAAAGUAAAAACAAACGACGCUGUACGCAUCCAGCCUGCGAAGUCAAAAAAUGCGACACCACCAGGUGUUGACUUGGCGUGCUGCACUGCCUGCACUGUAACUCAAGAAUGCGACCGCGCCGAUUCCCCCAGUUCCCCCUGCCCCCAGUUACCGUCGGAUGGAAUCAACCUUAACCCCCUCCCUUUCCCAUUUUCACCGGCCCCGAACAUGGGUUUCGUUCGUCGAGAUCUCCCUUUUGGGCGACGAUGUGCUCGUUUAAGCUCAGGCGAUUUUCCCGACAGCGCGCGUCUAAGCGAAAGGCUAUCUACUCUAACUUUCCCCCCGAGAUGUGAUACCGUUGCCACUGCCGACACCCAUCGAUCAUCAUCGUAUCUAGACUAGCUGGCUGUCCGCUGUCGUAUGCACCCCCCCCCCC